AUGUCCACAGCAUAAUCAUUUAAAGACCUAGGUAAUUAAGCUUUCAAAGAAAACAAAUUUGAAGAAGCUGCUAAGUUUUAUUCAUAAGCAAUCGAAGUAAAUCCAAACGAUCAUAUCCUUUACAGUAAUAGAUCAGGAGCUUAUGCUUCACUCUCUAAAUAUGAAGAUGCAUUAGCAGAUGCUGAAAAAUGCAUUUCUUUAAAUUCAAAUUUCGCAAAAGGUUCUUUUUAUGAUUUCUAGAUUAGGUUACCAAAGAAAAGGUUUGGCAUUACAUUAUCUUGGAGAAUUUGAAAAAGCUAUUGAUGCUUAUUAAUAGGGGUUAGCCAAAGAUCCAAAUAAUGCAUUACUUUCAGAAGGAUUAAAAGCUGCCUAAACAGAAUUAUAGGGUACAAAGAACAAUCCAUUUGCUUCUGCUUUGAAGAACCCUAACAUAUUAAAACUUCUAGGUAUUCUCUAGAAAGAUCCAAGAACAUCUGCUUUCGCUUCAGAUCCAACAUUUAUGUAAUUAAUAGGUUUAAUGAUUGCUUAACCAUAAAUGGCAAGCUAAUUUAUGCAAACUGAUCCAAGAAUCUAAGCUGCCUUGUCUGUAAUAAUGGAAAACCCUGAAGCCUAAUAGAUUUUCUUUUCAGAAUUUGCUGGAAAAGUGAAAAAGACAGAUGGAGAGAAAUAAGAUCAUUCUCAUUAAUAAUCAUAGAAAAUGGAAGAGGAGCACACCCAAGCAUAGCAUGAAUAAGAGCACUAAUAACAUUAUCAUGCUCAUUAAGAAUAAAGUUAAUAAAAAUAACAUCAUUAACCACCUCCAAAACCAUAACCUUAACUAGAAGAAUGGGAAGUGUAAAAAAACUUGGGCAAUGAAGAAUAUAAGAAUAAAAAUUUUGAAAAAGCUCUUUAAUAUUAUGAUGCAGCACUUUAAUUAAAUAAGGAGGAAGCCUUGUUGUAUAAUAAUAAAGCAGCCGCCUUUAUUGAAUAAAAGAAAUAUGAUGAAGCAUUAGAAGCUAUAGAAGAAGGACUCAAAGUGUUGGAAGUCCAUAGCAGUUUCUAAAAGAAGGCUAAGUUGUUGGCAAGAAAGGCCAAAAUUUAUUCUCUUUAAAAUAAAUUUGAUGAGGCAAUUCAGUUCUAUGAAAAAUCAUUGGUUGAAGAUCACGUCCAAUCAGUAAAGGACGAGUUAAAAAAAUUGUAAAAACUAUAAAAGGAUCUUGAGGCUUAAAAUUAUAUAAACCCUGAAUUAGGUGAAGAGGCAAAUACUAAAGGAGGUGAUGCUUUUAAAGCAGGAAAAUUCCCAGAAGCCAUUCAAUUCUAUAAUGAUGCAGUUAAGAGAAAUCCAAAGGAACCAAAGUAUUAUUGCAAUAGAGCAACAGCUUAUAUGAAAUUAAUGGAAUUCCCUAAUGCAGUUUCUGAUUUAGAAAAAUGUUUAUCAUUUGAUCCUAAGUAUGUAAAGGCCUAUGUGAAAAAAGCGAAUUGUCACUUUGUAAUGAAAGAAUUUCAUAAAGCUAAAACAGUUUACGAAAAGGGAUUAGAACUUGAUCCCAAUAAUUUGGAAAUGUAAUAAGGCCUUGAAAAAGUGAGGUUUUCAAUCUUGUAAGGAAGUGGAUCAGAAGAGGAAUAAUAGUAAAGAGCAAAGAGAGCUAUGUAAGACCCAGAGAUUCAAUAGAUACUAAGAGAACCAGAGGUAUUAUAAUAAUGUAAAUAUUUAGGUAAUUAAUCUUUUGAAUGAUAUGAAAGAGCAUCCAUAAGAUGGAUUGAAGGCUAUUAAACAGAAUCCUUCAUUAGCAGCCAAGAUUGAGAAAUUAAUUGAGGCUGGAGUUCUAAAAACAGGUUGAAAUUUCUAUAAAUAAAAGUAUUGUUAUAUGAUGUUGA